GCCAGACGUGUCGUUCCCGUGUCGUCCCCCCCGUGUCCCCCCCGUGUCCGUGUCCCCCCCCGGCACGGGAAGCGGCUCCGGACUCGCGGAAACGGCCCCUCCCCGGCGCCUUCGGCCACGGAGCCGCGAGCGGCACCCACGGGGAGCCCCGAGACGCCCCCCGGGAGCGCCUGGGACCCCUGAGGUCCCCGCGGAGCCCCCCAUGAAGCCCCCCGGGGCCGUGGGGACGCUGCUGCGGGCGCUUGGCCGCCGCGAUGGCCCCGACACGCCGAGGCCGUCCCCAGCCGCGCCCCACGCGUUCCGCGAGCGGAGCCUGCGCCGGGGGGCGCCCUGUGGGGGCUGCGGGACCCCCCUGGGACCCCACGGGCUCGUGUGCAGAGUUUGCAAAGUCGCCGCCCACAAGAGAUGUGAGAGCAAGGUGACGUCUCCGUGCCAACCUCUGCCCCCGCCGGAGCUGAGGCGGAACACGGCCCCGAUGCGGCGCAGCGAGCGAGUGGGCUCCUCGCUCGACAGCGCCCCGCAGCGAAGCACCCUGCCCAGGACCCCCCGCGCCCCCAGCCCCGAGGCCGCGCCCCCCCCCCAGCUGGACCUGGCGUUUGUCACCGAGCGGAUCCUGAGCGUGGCGCUCCCGGGCGGCGGCGGAGAGGGACACCUGCGGCACCUGCGGCACCUGGCCGGGCUGCUGGGGGCACGGCACGGCCCCAACUACACGAUCUUCAACCUCUCCGAGAAGCGCCGGGACCUCACACGCCUGAACCCCAAAGUGCUGGAUUUCGGGUGGCCGGAGCUGCUCGCCCCACCGCUGGAGCUGCUCUGCUCCAUCUGCAAAGCGCUCGAGGGGUGUCUGGGGGGGCACCCCCGCAACGUGGCCGUGCUGCUCUGCAAGGGCAGCAAGGCCCCGGUCGGGGUGGUCGUGGGAGCGUUUCUGCACUACAGUGACGUUUGGGGCAGCCCCGAGCAGGCGCUGAACGCGCUGAGCAUGAGGAGGUUCUGCGAGGAGAAACUGGGGGGGGUCCUGCAGCCCUCCCAGCGCAGGUACACGGAGGAUUUCGGGGAGCUGCUCUCGGGGCGGCUUCGCCUGAACAGCUCCCCCCAGUUUCUGCACCACGUCCUGCUGCCCCCUUUGCCCGCCUACGAGCCCCCCGACGGAUGCCGCCCCUUCCUCAAGAUCUACCAAUCGCUGCAGCUUGUCUACACCUCGGGGGUCUACAGCCCCCCUGCCUCCCAGUCGCUCUGCGUCACCCUGGAACCGGCGCUGCUGCUCAAGGGGGACGUCAUGGUGCGCUGCUACCACCGGCGGCGGGAGGGGCGCGAGGCGGUUUUUGGGGUUCAGUUCCACACGGGGACCCUGCGCGGGCCCCGCCUGAGGCUGCGGCGGGACGAGCUGGACCUGGCCUGGCAAGACCAGCGCUUCCCCCGCGACGCCGCCGUGGAGUUCAUCUUCUCCUCAGGCCCCGAGAGGGUUGAAGGCUGGCUCCCCCCACGCAGCCCCCCCGCCACCCCCAUCGAUUACGGGGUGCAGGACCCCGCAGUGCGGCGCGACUCCUACGAGGGGCACUGGGACAGCCCCGAGGAGCCCUCCCACACCUGGGGUCCCCUGGAUGGCAGCCCCUACGCCCGCGUGCAGAAGAAGGGGGGUCCCUCCCCCCCUGCAGGGGACCCUGACUCCCCACCCCCACCCGGAGCCCCCCACGGACGCCCCCCGCCCCCCACGGCUGCUGAGCGCCGGGAGCUGGAGCAGCUGCUGGGGGGGUUCGGGGUGCGGGGGGGCCGCGAGACCCCCGGGCCGGGGGAGGAGCCCUGCGACACCCCCGAACCGCCUGGGACAGCCACGGCCUAUGGGACCCCCGAACCACUGGGGACCGCGGCACCCUACGGGAAUCCACCAUCCUACAGCACCCCCAUAUUCCAUGAGACCCCCGGAUCCCACGAGAUCCCCCCAUCCCAUGGGAUGCCGAUGUCCUAUGGGACCCCAAUAUCCCAUAAGACUCCCCUAUCCCACGGGACCCCCCAAUUCCAUGGGACCCCUGCUCCCCAUAGCCCCCCGACAUCCUGUGGGACCCUAACACCCCACAGCUUCCCCACAUCCUGUGCAGUCCCCAAAUCCCAGGGGUCCCCCACACCCUAUGACACCUCAAAACCCUACAGGACCCUGGUGCCCCACGAGACCCUGACACCGCAUGGCCCCCCAGCAUCACAGGGCUCCCCAACUUCCUACGGGACCCUGGCACCCCAUGGCCUCUCGGUAUCCCCCGGGACCCCAAUAUCCCACGGGCUCACAGUGCCCUAUGGGACCCCGAUAUCCCACAGGACCCCAAUAUCCCAGGGGUCCCCGACAUUCCACGGGACCUCGAUAUCCCAGGACACCCUGGUGCCCAAUAGCACCCCAAUAUCCCAGGGGACCUUAACAUUCCAGGGGUCACCGGUGCCCUACAGCCCCCCAGCAUCCCAUGGGACCCCAGCAUCCCUGGAGACCCUGACUCCGUAUGGCACCCCAACAUCCCAGGGGUCCUCAUCACCCUAUGGGACCCCAAAAUCCUAUGGGACCCCACCAUCUCAUGGAUCCCCAACACCCCAAGGCUCCCACACUCCCCAGAGCCCCCCUCCAGCCCAGAAGUCCCUAAUGUCCUACAGCCCCCCCAUGUCCCACAGGACCCCAAUCAUCCAUGAGACCCUGACACCCUACGGGACUCCCACAUCCCAGGAGACCCCAGACCCCCACAGCCCCCCAGCCUCCUACAGGCCCCCAAAACCCCACGGCACCCCGGCAUCCCCUGGGGUCCCGAUCUCCCACAUCACCCCAAUAUCCGAGGGACUCCCAGCCCCCCACGGGACUCCGAUGUCCCACGGCCCCCCUGCAGCCCAGAGCCCCCCGGGAGCCCAUGGGACCCCCUCACUCCACAGCCCCCCAGCAUCCCAUGGGAUACCAAUAUCCCCCAGCCCCCCCGCAGCUCACAGCCUCCCGGUAUCCCCCAGCCCCCCGGGCCCUUGGGCCCCCCCGAGCCCCUGGGCCCCCCCGUGCCCCCCCCUGUGCCGCCGAGCCAGCCUGGCCUCCCCCCGCGACACCCCAAAACGGGGGGUGCAGCGCUCGCUGUCCGAGGGGUUCCCUCCGUGGGGAGGCUACGGGCGCCCAGUGGCGGGGGGGUACCUGCUUUUGGGGGGGCUCCCGCCCCUCUGCCCGUGCCAGGACUGCCAAGGCUGGGGGGGCAUCUCCCCGCUCCCCACCCGCCCCAUUUAUGGCGGGCAUGGCUGGGGAGGCCCCCCGGCGCCGCCUCUGGAGCCCCCAAAUUGUCCCCAUUGCGGCCACCCCGGGCUGGGACUGGAGAGAGACCCCCCUCCCGGAAAGGGGGGCUACGAGCCCCCCGCUAUGGGGGAGCCCCAGGAGCCGACAGGGCGGCGCAGCCCCAUCGAGGGGACGCCCUGGCCGGGCCCCCCCCGCGCCCCCUCCCCAGACAGCGGCACCCCCGGCUGCCCCCCGCCCCCGCAGCCGCCCCUGCCCGAGAAGCGGCACCCCCCGGCCCCGGGGGGACCCCGGGACCCCUCCUCACCCCAGCGCAGCCCGGAGGGGCCCCGGGGACAGACCCCCCCCGGGGGCACCUUCGCGCAGGACACCACCAAGUUCUGGUACAAACCGGGGCUGUCCCGGGAGGAAGCCGUGGCGCUGCUCAAGGCGGCCCCUCCCGGCUCCUUCCUCGUCCGCCGCAGCAGCAGCUUCCCGGGGGCGUUCGGGCUGGCGCUCAGGGUGGGGGUCCCGCCCCCCCGCGCCACCCCCAGAGUGGGGGACCCCCAGGAGCAGCUGGUCCGGCACUUCCUGAUCGAGACGGGCCCGCGGGGCGUCAAAAUUCGGGGGUGCCCCGAGGAGCCUUACUUUGGGAGCCUCCCAGCGCUGGUGCUGCAGCAUUCCAUCACCCCGAUCUCACUGCCGUGCACCCUCCGCAUCCCCCACGCAGAGCUGCAGGAGGAGCCCCCGGACCCCCCAGGACCCCCCAAUGUCAGCACGGCCGGAGCCCUCCUGAGGCAGGGGGCAGCCUGCUCGGUGCUGUUCCUGGGCUCGGUGGGGACCGAGGCGCUGACCGGGCCCCAGGCCGUGGCCAAGGCCGUGGGGUCCCUCCUGGAGGGGGCCCCGAGUGCGGGGGGGUCCGCCGGGCCCCCCCCCAGCCCCGUGCACUUCAAGGUGUCAGUGCAGGGGAUCACCCUGACGGACCGGCAGCGCAAACUCUUUUUCCGCCGGCACUACCCCGUGAGCAGCGUCACCCACUGCGGCACCGACCCGCAGGAGCGCAGGUGGGCGAACCCCGAUGGGACCACGGCCAGGAUUUUCGGGUUCGUGGCGAAGCAGGCGGGGGCCCCGGGAGGGGGCAACAUGUGCCAUGUGUUCGCGGAGCUGGACCCCGAGCAGCCGGCAGGGGCCAUCGUCACCUUCGUCACCAAAGUCCUGCUGGGGACGAGGCACUGAGAGACAGCGGGGACCCCCCAGCACCCCAAAAACCGCCUGGGGACCCCCAAAGCUCCCUGAAGCAGAGGGGGCUCAGGGGCACCCUCAAAAUCCAGUGGGACUCUCCCCACUCUUCACCAAGGUCUUGCUGGG